CGCCAGAGAUGACACCAGACACAUGCCCCGAAGUAUAAAAAGCUUGUGUCAACCGCAAUUCCGAUACACUUUUAAAUCAGAGCCACAGAGAGAACAGUACAUUAGAACUCAGAUAGAAAAUAGCAUCCAUGAUGUCUGUUGAUACGCUGGAUAACGUGAUGUCCAAGGAACACAAAACUUCGUUAAGAAAGAGCAAUAAGCCCAUCAUGGAAAAGAGGAGAAGAGCAAGAAUCAAUAAUUGUUUAACUCAGCUGAAAUCAUUGGUCUUGGAGUCAAUGCGAAAAGACAGUUCUCAGUACUCAAAGUUGGAGAAAGCUGACAUAUUGGAGAUGACUGUGAAACAUCUUCGCAAUCUCCAGAGGAACCAACUAGCAUCAGCAAUGGCAUCAGAUCCUACAGUUGUCACAAAGUUCCGAGCCGGAUUCCACGAGUGUGCUAAUGAAGUUAUUCGUUACCUAGGAACCGUGCAGAACGUCGGGUCCGAUGUGAAGUCACGUCUCGUGUCCCAUCUCUCCACGUGUCUCCAGACACAGAACAACACAGCGUCCACAGAAAACAUGCACACGCCAUGUCAACCCCAGCAACAGGUGCCCGUGACGUCACCACAACAACAAGUUAACAUUUUACAGCCACUCAGUGUUCAUAUUCCGCACAACGCCAAUGUCGCCUCCCGUCCCCAGUCUUCCGAGUUCGCAUUCAGUCGCCAGACCUCGCCACAGUCUUUGUCCCAGUCCCCCCAGUUACUGAACAUUGCUACCCCCGUGUCCUCAGACUCUAACAGUAACUCUCCUAUCAAAUCCACUCCGAUAUCGGGACAAUUUCAAAUCAUUCCCAGCAAUCUAUACAAUGGUCCGGUGGCUGUGUAUGUGGGGCAGAUUAACCAGAGACAGUGUAUGACCACCCCAGACUCCAUGCCAGUGUUCACGUUACAAGUUCCCGCCAAUAACACCUCCCCGUCUUACCAAUGCAGGUCCCCUCAAGAAUUCCCUCAGCAACAGAAAUCCAAACCAUUAGCUCAGCAACUUAGAAGUGCCUUUGUUGAAUGUAAGCAAGGCGUUCCCGAGUCUCCUGAGAGUCUCUGGAGACCCUGGUGAUACCCUAAUGCUGACCAAAUUUUUCUCAGGACUUAUAGACAUACGCACUUUGUGAUAGAACACGCAUGCUUCCAGAAUAUUGUUUUGUACCAUUUGAUGGUGACUUAAAUCAGUGCUAAUCAUGUUUUUAUGAUGUUGUUAUUGAUUCGAUUUUUACUUGAAUCUUUUUAUAUGACCAUUAAAAUUUGUUAUGAAUAUAAA